AUGGCGCUUUCACGCUCACACACCUUGACUCUACUCGCGGUUCUGCUGGUGCUGGCUGUUUGCGCAAACGGAGCUCCAACGGUGACGCAAUUCCGACAAGAACUCACAGCGCUAAGGGCGGUGGUAAAGCAGCAGAAGAACUACUCGGCGUUUGCAAGAGGCAUCGACAGAAUGCUCAAAUACCCCGACUCGUUGCUGCCUCAGAUCUUCAACACGACGCUGUUCAUCCCUACCAACAGAGCCAUAUUGAGCCUCGGCAUCCCAACCCUAAAGAACGACACAGCCAUGGAGGCCAUCGGGAAAUACAACGUCCUGGUGAAGCAAUUCACGGGCGCGCAGCUGCUGAAGCUCGCUCCGAACACGCUGCUUAAAACGAAAGCCAAGGAUAUGUUGAUGCGAUAUCCCUCCACCGGCGCGAAUGCGGGGAAAAUCGUGCUGGGUCCGCAGAGCGCACCUGCUGCGAAGCAAGGGGUUGUGCUGACCGCUGAUCUCUACACGGGGAAGUUCCUCAAGGCGCACGGCUUGUCCGUGCUCACCCGGAGGCUACGCAAGCUCGCCGCUGAUACUGCUGGUUCCAUUGUUGGGAAGACGGGCAAGGACGGCGGAAAGAUGGGAGGAGCGGUUGUUGGUGACGGUGCUACGGGCGGGUCGACAGAAGGCCGUAUGCUCGUGAGCGGUUUUAUUCAACUAAUGAUGUCACAGGUGUCGUCGCGAGUGGUAACAUUCCUCAUGAAUCUCGUCAUCGCCAGACGCCUCUCGCCACAGGAGUUUGGGAUGGCAGCGGUGCAGUUCCAGCUCCUCACAUCCACCAUUCUCUUUGUCAGCAGAGAGGGCUUUCGUAGAGGCUGCCUGCGGGCUGACGGAAACACCCCUUCCUCCUCUUCCUCUGCCUCCUCCUCCGCCUCCCCUCUCUACUGGGCGCGGAUGGUGUCAGCAGCAUGGCUGGUCGUCCCCACAGGCAUCGCCCUAGCAGCAGCAGCCUGUGCCUUCGUGCUGCACUACCAGCACCUCCCUCUCUCCGACCCCUACGCGCAAGCCAUUCUCCUGCACGGCGUCGCAGCAGCAGUGGAGCUGUUAUCUGAGCCGCUGUAUAUUCUCUCCCAGGCGCUGCUGCUGGUGCGGUUGAGAGCGGUGCUGGACGCCGUUGCAACGGUGGUGCGGUGUGUCGUGACGCUGCUGCUGGUGCUAGGGGGGAUCGGCAGGACGGGAGGGCUGGUGUUUGCCUAUGCGGAGCUGGCCUUUAGCACCACCCUGGUCAUCGGCUACUGGGGUUUCUUCCUCCUCCACCCCUCCGUUCGUGCUCUAGGUCCCAGAGGAGAGAAUGAGGCGGGGGGAGGCAGUGCUGGUGAAGGGUCUGGUGCCAUGAUUCCCCUGCUCCCCUGCAAGCUCCCCGAGCGUCCGCUGCUGCACUGGCCGCUGCUGCGGCUGUGCGGGGCGUUCGCGCUGCAGGCGAUGGUGAAGCAGGUGCUGGGGAAGGGCGACGAGAUGGUGCUCGUGGCCAUGGAGAGCGCGUACAACCAGGGCGUGUAUGGACUCGUCGUCAAGCUGGGCAGUCUCGUGGUGCGCUCUGUCCUCCAGCCAUUCGAGGAGAGUGCAUUCAUCAUCUUCGCGCGCACUGCUCCCUCCCUUGCCUCCGCGUCUCACACCCCUCAUGCUGCUGAUGCUGCCGGGAAAGAAGGGAGCACUUCCAAGUCGGGUCGUGAGUCAGUGGCUAGAGUGCUGCUGCUGGCAGUGAAGGCUGUGAACGUGUUAGGGCUCAUAUUCGUGGCGUUCGGUCCGCCCUUCUCCUACUCGCUGUUCUCACUGCUCUACGGCCCCACCUGGACGGCCACAGAGGCUCCCCUCUCCCUUGCCUGCUACUGCCCCUACAUCAUGGCACUCGCUCUCAACGGCACCACGGAGGCAUUUGUGCAUGCAGUACUGAGUGAGAGGCAGCUGGCGCAGUCCAACGGAUGGCUGCUGCUUUUCUCGCUGCUGCACAUGGCGCUCAGUGCGCUGCUCAUCCGCGUUGCCUCCUCCCCCGGACUCAUCCUCGCCAACUGCUGCAACAUGGCAAUGAGGAUUGCCUACUCGGCCACCUUCAUCAAUCAAUACUUCAAGACAACGCCCAACUUCUCCCUAUGGCAUUCGCUGCCUUCAUUCCCCGUCCUAUCAUCUUUCGCAGCAGCUUCCCUCAUCUCCUUCGCAUCCCAGCACCUCCUCCUCUUCCGAGGCAGCUACACUUCUCCUUCCUCCCCUCCCUCGCCCCUCUCCCCGGCCUCCCUUGCCCACAUUGCUGUUGGCGCGCUGUGUUUUGCUGCUGUUAUUGGCGCAUUGUGGCAUUGGGAGAGGAAGUUCUUCGCAGAGCUAAAGGCAACUCUAAGAUCAGCCAAGGCGAGCAAGCAGGAGUGA